CAUCGCUCUUGAGGGACUCCGCUAUGGCGUCGCCUCCCGUUGACGCUGGCGUUUUCCGCCACCACCACACGAGUCACUCGCAGGACGCGGUCGAGGUUACCCACGGCUCCCACCACCGGUGCAAGGCUGCCGCCGCACGCAGGCUAACGCUACACGCGUCAGCCGCCAGUGUUCAGGCCCCAUACUCGGCGGCCGUGGCGAGACGCAACGAGCGCGAACGGAAGCGCGUGCACCUGGUCAACAUGGGUUUCGCGUCUCUGCGCUCCCACCUGCCCGACUGGCCCGUGGCGUCCAAGAAGCUCAGCAAAGUGGAAACGCUACGCUCGGCCGUCGACUACAUCACCAGGCUCAAAGAGCUGCUGGGUGAAGCGGCCCGGGAGAACCUCAGACCGCCGUCGUCCCUGGCGGAGUCGUCCCCGAUGCCUUCGGAACCCGGUCCUAGUCCUAGUCCAGACUCGAGCGUGACUGGACAUUGCGGAGCGGGUUCCAGCGAUGCGCUUAGCUGUGCCGUGAGGUCGGUGACGCCGAUGAGCCUAGCGGAUGAACUGGAAGCUUCGAGCGACGCCGGUGGAGACGAAAACCAUCAUCACUUCCUGGAACUGGCCCACUGGUUCGGCUACGCCUCUUAGCGUGACUGCUGCGCAGGGAAAGGGACCGCUCGAUUUGCUUAGUGCGGAAGGGUGCCAGAGACACUCCUUGAAUGUUCCUUUUCUUGAUCGGUUGUGCUCUGCGUCCGCUCAGCACCAGUAUUAACAUUGUUCCAAAAGACUGAGAAAAGUGCGAAGGUGCCACCGGAGGA